CCUGUGUUACACAGCGUACAGCGUCACACUUGUUUAUUCUACUAUUAGCUUCCAGAGAGAGAUAGAGAUGGCUGAAGUCGCUCCCGCUCCCGCCGCCGCCGCGCCGGCCAAAGCGCCCAAGAAGAAGGCAGCUUCGAGGACCAAGAAAACCGGCCCUAGCGUCGGCGAGCUCAUCGUCAAGGCGGUUUCCUCGUCCAAGGAGAGGAGCGGCGUGUCUCUUGCCGCCCUGAAGAAAGCUUUGGCUGCCGGCGGAUACGACGUGGAGAAGAACAACUCUCGCGUCAAGCUCGCCGUCAAGGGCCUCGUUACUAAGGGCACUCUGGUGCAGACCAAAGGGACCGGAGCGUCUGGAUCUUUCAAGCUGAACAAGAAGCAGACCGAAGUUAAGAAGCCCGCAAAGAAAGCCGCGCCCAAAGCGACAAAGGCGGCCGCCAAAAAGCCCGCUGCGGCUAAGAAGCCCAAGAAAGUAGCGGCCAAGAAACCCGCAGCCAAGAAAUCUCCCAAGAAGGCGAAGAAGCCCGUCGCUGUCGCCAAGAAAGCCACCAAAAGCCCCAAGAAGGCAAAAAAGCCGGUGACCCCCAAGAAGGCAGCCAAGAGCCCUAAGAAGGCCAAAAAGCCGGCGACCCCCAAGAAGGUGAAGGCUGUGAAGCCCAAGACCUCAAAGCCCAAAGCGACGAAGGCCAAAAAGGCUCCCAAGAAGAAGUAAACGUGUUUCUUCUGUUUUUUACUCCUCAAACGGCUCUUUUAAGAGCCACCCAUAUUUUCCCUUAAAGAGCUGUUUCCUAUUCUGAUAAACAGAAUGAUGACUUUAGUGGAUUCUGAGCCGAGUGUUUAGGCAGCUACAGAGUUGUACGUUCACGUUCACAUAAACGUAUGGACAAAUAGCGAGAAUUGGACAGUUUACAUUUUAAAUCCAUGUGCAUUUGUCUUAAUUCUAUACUAAUAUAUGCUUUAUAGGUAUAAAAUCAGUGAAUAAUCAAGCUACUGAUUAUAAAUCAGUUGA